UAUAAGCGAUUCAUGCAGCGGUUCCCUCUGCUUUCGACGCGCUCAGCUCAGGCCAUUUCAAAGGCACGGAACAGAGUCACGUCAGAUGACGUAACGUUGUUCCACACGACUUUAGCAGACGCCUAUGAGAAGUACGGAUUCGAAGCGUGCCAAGUCUUCAACAUGGACGAGACAAGCUUCGUGUCGAAGAAGAACACCAAGACCGUGGUUGCAGCUCGCGGGUCCCGCAACGUCUGGACCGCCGAGGUAUCAACCAGCUUCCAUCUUACUAUCGUAGCCUGUGGUGGAGCGGAUGGCACCGCAAUUCCACCAGCUUUUAUUCUACCAGGCCAAACUGUCAAGCUCAACGUCCUGGACUUUUGCACCGUGCCCGGAGCAGCCGUCUCGACGACAGAAUCAGGCUUCAUGAACGCGGAAUUCUUUGCAGAGUGGCUUCGCUAUUUUGAAGCAAGUGCCCCGCGCGAUACGCCGCGACCUCUGCUUCUCAUUAUGGACGGCUGCUCAGCGCACUACUCUCUCAAGGUCUGUGACACAGCGGUCGAGCUCAAGAUCCUUCUCGCUACCCUACCAUCCAACGCUACCCACCUCUUCCAGCCGCUCGAUGUUGCAGUCUUUGGCUCGUUCAAGCGCAAACUGCGAUUGCUUCUCAAUACCUUUGUUGGUGAGCAAGGCAAUGACAGCAUCCCAAAGAACAAGGCGUUGAUGAUAGCGAGUCUGGCAUGGCAAGGGUGUCACUUCGAUGAAAAUAUCCACGCGGGCUUCCGAGGGUGUGGGCUGUACCCCUGUCCAUGGAUAAGAUGA